AGCAACAUCAUGGAUAUUUCUGCCCUACAAGAAGAACUACCUUUGCUAAGUUCUGAUGACUUUGAAAAUUUCAAAAAAGAUCUAUUGGCUACGGUUUACAACCACACCAAUACUCAGCUAUUGAUAUAUCAACGUGGUAAAUGUUUGAAAAAUUCCAAAAAUACAAAAACCAAGAAAUCUAAAAAAGCUCCCACGGCACUUCUCAAUGAUGAACCCAUGCCAUCGGAAGAAAUAUUGGAUGACAUUAAAUUGGACAAAGAACUGGAUGCAUUGCGGCAUAUUUAUGAAUUGGCCUAUAAUGAAUUAACCAAAAAAUUAACAUCCAUUGAUGCUGAUAAUGACAACGAUAAUUUACCAAGUCAAACGACUGGUGGACAAGACGGCGAACUGAUUCAUGCCAUUGAGUCGAGGCAACAAAAUAACAACGAAGUCGACUUAAUCACCAAAGAACUACGCGAAAAUAAGGCCAUACUCAAGGAGCUCAAGGAACAAAUGAAAACGGAAAAGGCAAAUUUCGAACAAAAGUACGUAAAUAGAACGGAACGUUUGGAACACCUUCGUGACCAGUUACACAACAUCAAACGAAUAAAUGAUUUGGAAUGUCGCCUUGUGGAGAAAUGGGAGGCAAAUCGUUUAUCUCAAGCCACAAUAAUGGGACAAAACGAAGAACGUUCGUUGAUGAAACAAAUUGUCGAUUUGCAUCGUCGUUUGGCUGGUGAACAACGUUUGAUUUGUGAAGUGGAGGCAUUUCGCAAACACGAAGCUCAGCAGUUGCAGGAACAAAUUGAUCAUUGGAAUCGAAAAUUUACAGAUGAAAAGGCCAAGAUAUUUGCAAAAAAUCUACAAUUAAGUGAAACUAUUGCCGAUCUUAUAAAGUCGCAUGAAAAACAUUCCGAAAUCAAAGCAGAACGCAGACAAUUUGUCAAUGAAUAUCUGAAAGAGAAGGAAGAGGAAAGGAGGCUAUAUGAAGAGCAAAUGUAUCGUGUCGAGUGUGCUGUGCGUAUACAGUCUUGGUGGCGUGGCACAAUGGUGAGAAAUGGCCUGGGACCCUAUCGUAAGAAAUCGAAAAAGGGCAAGAAAUCUAAAGCUAAGAAGUAAAAUAUUUUGUGGAAGAAUAUAA